AUCGCUACCAGUGAUAAGUUGACGAUUCCACGCGAAGGUUACCGAUUAAAUUUAUACACGGCUGAUGCACGAAUGCUCGGGGACACCAUUGAGAAAUACUUUACCUAAUUGCUAUCAUCACACCAAGAAGCAGACACUGCGACGCGGUUACCAUGGGAAGUUAGAACAAGUGUCAGCAUCACAAAUGUGUCUGCGGUGAACACAAAAGCAUCGACAGCAAAUCAUGUUUUAUUGUUAACGAAAGACUAAAAGUGAAACGACUUAGAAAAAAUAUUUACUUCUUUCGUUCCCCGUAAAUGAACGGAACAUUCCUCUUAAUUUGGAAAGGGAUUUGUGUCGUGAAAUAAGAACCGAAAGAACUGAAGAUGAAAGUGGUGUUUGUGCUAAGCAUACUGUACAUCGUAAUAAGAUGUACCGAAUGUGUACCAGAAUUGCAGUUAGUGCAGAUCGUAUUCGCUCAUAAAACGCAUGCUCCAAUUUUGGAUUUGAUAGAUAACAACGACAUGAAUUUACCACGCAAUUUAACUUACGAAUACUUUAACGCAGCUCCACUCAGUAUGCCUAACGUCAGUAUGCUUAACAUGUAUAAUUUAGGAGUCCAUUUACGAAAGGUGUACGGUAAAUUUUUGGGUGAUGUUUACACAUCUGAGACAAUGAAAAUGCAAACGGCCGAAUAUCCAUUGUCGAUGCUAUCUGGUCAAUUAGUAAAUGCAGGUCUUUGGCCUCCAGGAGAAAUUCAAAGGUGGAGCGCCGAUAUGAAUUGGCAGCCAAUACCCACAGAUUACAUUGUCGCACAGAAAGAUACUUUAUUAAUGGGAAUACAGUGUCCGAAUUUCGUUCUCGAAAUGGAGAAAGUGCUGAAUAUGGCUCAAGUGCGAGAUAGAGUAUCGGAUUAUUCAUCUUUAUUCGAUCAUAUAUCUCGAUCUAUUGGAAUAAAAGUUCAACGACCAUCGGAAGUGGCUUUGCUAUAUGCUGUCCUUGAGACAAAAGCUGACUUAAAACAAUCGCUUCCGCACUGGGCAAAAGAUAUUUUUCCUGAUGGAGCAAUGUACACUGUGUCGUUGUUGGAGUAUGAUCUCCUUUGGCAAACUUCAUUACAAAAGCAAUUAAAUGGAGGAACGAUUCUAAAAGAAAUUUUAGCAAAUUCGCUGAUGUAUAUCAAUGGACACAUUCCUAAACAACGGAAGCUCAUGAUGUAUAGCGGCAAUGAAAGAAAUAUCGUUGGUGUUUUGAAAGGCUUAAAUCUAUGGUCACCACAUAUUCCUAACGAAGCCGCCUCUAUGAUAUUUGAACUGUACUUUGACAAUGAAACAGAAAGUCACGGAGUGAAGAUUAAUUAUUAUACGGGAGUAGAUGGUAUCACUGUCUCUUUGAAAAUGCCAAAUUGUACAGAAAUUUGCCCGAUUAAAACAUUUUUGUAUUCGAUAAUGGAUCUGUUACCGCAAAACGCAGAACGAUUAUGUAACUGGAAAAAGAUUGAUCUUCCUAUAAUACUAGAUAAUGUUAAUUAUAGCAGAUCGCAUACAUUGAAAAGUAUUACAUUUACGUUGUUAUUAGUUAGUACUUUGUUAGUAAUUAAUUUGUAUUAAUCAAUUUAGAUUCGUCGCAAGUAUUCGAAUAAUUUUAGAAAACUCUUUAAAACA